AUGCUAGCCCACAUAUCCUUUUCUGUGGUAUUCGCCAUCUACAACCCUAGCGUUCUCUGGCCCAUCCCCUGGAUGUUUACAUGGCCGCUUCAGUCACUAACGCCAACUGCGAAUGGAACUGAUCUCGGCUCAGUCGACGAAAGUGAGAUUUUUGGGCGGGGCGAUCCUGGGAACUACCAAAGCAUCGUGUCAGACCCUUGGCUGCUCAUCCACGGCGUAAAGAAUCUGGUCAACUCAACCUCGUCACAGUUCCUCCUAAUAGUCUCCCUGACAAUCAGCCAUAUUUGUGAACCCAGCGGAUCACAGAUUCCUCCAGGGGCCAAGGGGUGGAGCCGCUCAGUCGGCAACAUCAUCUUCUUCAACCUCUCGAGGAACGGCAUCUUACCGGACGUUGAGCAUACGGGAUCUUGCCCUUUGCCAGUUGGUGCCAUGAGCUUCUAUACAGUGGGAAAAUACCCCUACCCAGUGCAGCCGGAACUUUCAACUGUCAAGGACUGCGCCUACAAGAUCGACCCAAGCACACAUUCAAGAGUGGAGGAAAGCAUGCUCAUGAGUUUCUCGUAUCUUGCGUCUCUCAAUCCAUGCCCGCUCAAUGCCUGCUGCACUGUCGGGGGUCAAUGUGGCACGACAGCCGAGUUCUGCACCGUCAAAGGUGCCCCAUUCGGUACUCCUAUCAAGCCGCGAAGGGUCGGGUGCAUCUCCAACUGUGGGAUUAAGGUCAUCAACAAUGCUUCCCCUCCGUCAGAGUUCAAGAGGAUAGGCUACUUUGAAGCCUGGAGCUCGGCUAACAAAAAGGAGCGGCCUUGCCUGUUUAUGGAUGCCACCCAGAUUCCGACAGGAUACACACAUGUGCAUUUUGCCUUUGGGGAGGUAUCCUCCAACUUUGCCGUGGGUGUCAGCAAGCUCAAAAACCAGUUCGACAAGUUUGUGAAGAUGAGAGGCUUCAAGAGAAUCAUUGCCUUCUGCGUCAAACCGGGUAACAGGGAGAUUUUGGCCACCAACAUCGCCAAGUUCGUCGUGAACCAUGAUUUGGAUGGCAUGGAUCUCGAUUCGGGGUAUUCAGGUGCGCCAGAUCUCCCUGAUAUUCCUAGUGCCGACCCGCUCGAUGGAGUGGCAUAUCUGGAACUCCUGAAGUUGUUGAGACAGAAGCUUCCGUGGACAACAAUCAGCAAGGUCGUCGAUUACAUUGUGUACAUGACUUACGACUUGCAUGGCCAAUGGGACUUUUACAGUCCUUGGUCCUCUCCAGGCUGCCCAGCAGGCAACUGUCUUCGCUCACACAUCAACAGGACGGAAACCCUCAAUGCACUUUCGAUGGUCACCAAAACUGGCGUCUCAUCAACCAAGCUCAUCAUCGGCAUUACCAGCUAUGGUUCCGUCACUGUCAAUGAGGAGAUCAAGAAAGACUGGGCCAACAUCACCUGCAAACACCCCUACGCGAGGAACAGCAGUUACAGGGAGUCAGACCGUUGGAAAACCCUCAAGAUUGAUGAGGCUUGGAAGAAUGUUGUUGGUAAGUGGGACGCUUGCGCAAAGUCCGGCAUGCCUUUCCCUGUUUUUGUGAGCCGUCUUCUCAACGGUCCCGAUGGCAUGUACUGCGGCUCGAUAUCCUCCACAAACAACUGCCUUGCAACAGUCGAAUGCAGUGACGAAUCCGAACGCCGGCCGGCAGCAGCUCUCCUUUUGAGUUCAUUUGUGAAGCUUGCUGGGAUCUAUUACGAGCUUUACGAUGGAAUCCAAGCAGCUUAG